AUGAAAUUCCUGCGGAUCACAACAUUUCUUUGUAUUUUGUCACUUGUGCAGCACUCGAAGUCGUUGCUCUGGCCUUCCUCCUCCAAUUUGGGUCUCACACUUUCAGUUUCCACGCCCAUUGCUGAACUGUAUCCAGAGCGGCGUAUCCUGAUCGAUUGGUGCUUUGCCAUCUCCUACAACUACCCGUACAACCUAAGCGAAUUCUACAGCAUACCCAUCUGGCCGGGCUUUGCCAACAACAACAGGAAACGUGAAGCUCCACAAUUGCAGCAAACGGACGCCAAUUUCUACACCAAAUACGGACACGAUGUGAGCUCAGGCAUACAUCCGAAGGAUUUCUCAGCUGCGGAGCUUUAUGCCUUCCUGGAGAGCACGCUGGCGGGCUAUGGCUACCAUGAGACAUGCCUACUGCGCAGUGUCUGCGAACUGGCUCAGCAUCCCUUCGAUGACAAUCAUCAGCACAUGUUGAUGGAUGUUGUGACAUUUGUGCUGAGUCCCUCGCAGCAUGAGGGCUUCCGCGAGGAUGAGACGAUCUACAGGCACGCCUACGAGCAGGCCGAACAGGAUGGCUUUCUGGGCAGGGACUGCCGGCAGUUGUACUCCCUGUGCAAGCAUGACAUCUUAAAGCACUUUAGCCAGGUGAUGUUUCACUAG